AUAAUAUAGGGAAUGAGCGGGCCAGCUGCCAAUAAAUAUGUUACACUGGACGAGGACACUGACUCACUAAUGUCACACCAACCUGACCUUCUCACUUCCAGGUCAGUCGAGAUAUCGACCCAAACAGAUGCUUCCAUCUCAAGUGAAGGAUCGAGGGGAGGCUCCAUGGUUGGGGGUAUCUUUAUCUUGAUGAACGCUGUACUUGGUGCAGGAGUUUUAGAGUUUCCGUACAUGUUCAGUAAAGUAGGACUAAUCACAGCGUUUCUACUGCUAGUAUUCCUACUUAUAUGUGCUGGUACCACGCACAUAGUGCUCGCUAAAACGGUGGAUCUUACUGAUUCUGCUAGCUAUCACGAACUUAUAGGAAAGAUAUGUGGAUUUAAAGUUCUGUUAACAGCCCAAGUAGCUCUCAUUCUCUACUGUUCUGGAUCAAACAUUGCUUACAUGGUAACUGUUGGAGAUAUGCUGCAGGAAGUCUGUUUCUACGUUACAAAUACUACAGUUGAGACACACGAAUACUACUGUGACAGGCACUUUCUAAUUCCAGUAGCCAGUAUCGUGGUUAUACUUCCCGUUAUCUGGUUCAAGAACAUCAGCGCUUUCGGUUAUGUAAGUUUCUUCUCUGUAGCCAGUGUGUUCUACUUAGUGGCAGCAGUAUUUGUUGAGUACCUAACUACGGAACAGAGGACACCUGUUAACCUGUGGUAUCCACCGGCCAAUACAGACCCUCUCACCAUACUAAGUGUGUUACCAAGCAUGUCAUUCGCAUACCAAUGUCACAUGACAUCUGUCCCACUGUACGCUGAACUGGCUGGAAGAUCUAUUAACAAAUAUAUGGUUAUCGUAGGAGUGGCCAUGUUUCUAGCAACCACCUCCUACCUUGUGGUCGGCUACACUGGAUUUGCUAUCUACGGUUCCUCGGUAGAUCCUGAUAUCAUCCUCAGUUUUCCGUCUGGCUCGAUAAUCAUGACAGUGGGAAGAGUAGCCGUUACCCUUGCCAUCUGCAUGACUUACCCUAUUGUGCUGUUUAUUGGUCGCACUGCUCUGGAAGGUUUCGUCUCAGAGGUAACCCGACACACAUCUCGCCCGCUGCGCCCUAACAACGAGAAAUUCCGCAUCUCCUCCAUCGCCAUCUGGUUCGUUGUGACUGCGGCCGUCGCCACGUUCGCUACAGGUAUCAAAGAUGUUAUAAGCGUGGUGGGAUCCAUCGCCGCCCUCUUCAUGUUCAUGUACCCAGGGUGCAUUAUCACUGUGUUGGCAUGGAGACAGAGCAACUACGCCCACGUGUUUGUAGGUGCGUGCUUUGUAGCGCUUGGUGUUAUAGUGUUCCUGUUGAAUCUGGCUAGUACGGUGAACGACCACAUGAAGGGACAUCCUGAUGGAAUGUUGAGUUGGUGGACAUUCCAGGUUCCUCUGUCUUAACUGCUGUAGCUGAUCAAUGGUUGGUGAUUAAUUAAUUAAUUAUUACCGAGUCCUCUGAUGUGUGUGCACUUAAGACGCCUUCUGUCAAGUUUUGGAAUUACAUGAAGUUGUACGAUCAAACUUGGAUUUAGGUUGGAAAAAACGGUUAUUUGACAAAGAACACUGUCAUAUCAUACAUAUGCUGACCCUCAAACAGCUGGGAUAAUAUUUUGAUGGAAUAAGAAGUGAGUUUUACUCUCUUUGUUCAGAAGACAGGAUUGGAAACUAUUUUAAUGGUUUCGCCAAACCAAGAUCCCCAAUAAUUAUUGUCACAGUAUUAUUUUGAAUCACAGAAUCGCAAAAGUUAGUCCACAUGAUUUCGUUAACAUUAUCCACAUUUAUCGUUAACAUUAUCAUAAAAAUCGUAUGUUUCGUUCGUUUCGUUUCAAUAAAACAAGUGAAGAACAACGUUUGCGUCAUGAAGUAUUCAUUUUUGGCACGGUCUCAACUAACGACAAUUUUGUAGUUCCAGUAAAAACAACUGAUAAUGAAUCACGUCAGAAAUAAUUAAUAUUAUCACUGCCCCAAAUUCUUGAGAAUUUAGUGUCAGGAUUAGUUUCGUGUAUUUUAUCAAUGUCCGAGGUUAUUCCUGGUACGUUUGAGAAUCUUAUCGCUCAGUUACAUGACCCUUCAUCUCAGCAAAAUUUCCGUCGAAAUAUCCAGAAAACGUGUUCCCCACUGGUUAUUAGUCGAUUGAUGUGGCUAAAAAAGAUUGAGAAAUUUAAUGUACGUGCCUUUUAAGUUGUUGUGGAAUAAAGUCUAUGUAAAUUAAGUUGUAAUUAAUUGUUGAUCAAUCAAAAGUAAGUAGGUAUUGAUUACAAAUGUUGUACUUAUCUGGAUGGAGGUAAUCCUUACUUCUUGUGACAGUGAUUCUGGGACCUG